AGAGGAAGUAGUUGUUGUCUAGGAGUCGACCGUCAUCUACCAUUGCGUUGUCGUGCUAUCCAGCUAGCUAGUUAGCUUAGUGGACCAAAAUCUUAAAGCUGAAGAUUUUAAAGCUGAAGUGGAUAUAGAUUAUAGGCACAAUGUUGGUCCCAAUAUUCACCCUGAAGCUGAACCACAAGAUUAACCCUCGGAUGGUGACUGAACUGAAAUUCGAUGGAGUGCACCCACGUCUUACUGCAGCCACGCAGGCUGGAAAGGUUUUUAUCCAUAACCCUCAUGCCCGUGGUCAGAGGCCUGUGGUCCAGCGCCUCAGCCAGAGCGCACAAGACUCUGACAUGUCGCUCCUCAACAUCAACCAGGCAGUCACUUGUCUGACGGCAGGAACUCUGGGACCAAACACCACUGGGGACACGCUGUUAGUGGGAUCCCAGACAAUCCUGCUAGCCUAUGAUGUCCACGACAAUGCUGACAUCUUCUACCGAGAGGUGGCGGAUGGGGCCAACGCUAUUGUGUUGGGGAAACUCAGGGGUAUCCCAAAUCCUCUGGCCAUCAUUGGAGGGAACUGCGCUUUACAAGGCUUUGAUUACGCUGGCAAUGACCACUUUUGGACAGUAAGGACAGCAAGGUCACCUUUUCAUUAUCACCACAGUCAAAAGUAGGGGCGGGGGGAAAAAAAAUAAUAGAUUUUUCGCUUUCUCUUGAUUCAGAAAAGUUAAUAAUCGGAAUAAAAAAAAAAAA